GCGAGGACUCAGCCAGUGUAGUUUCCGACCAGCCUGCAGUGAAGUCAGCGUGCUCAUCCCGUCCGCGCGGCUGGAGCUUCAACUUUCAGCUCAUCUCUUCGCUUCGGCGCAUUUUGGGAAACUGUCGACAUCAUGGGUUGCUUUGAGUGCUGCAUCAAAUGUUUAGGCGGCGUGCCCUAUGCAUCGCUGGUUGCUACAAUCCUCUGCUUCUCCGGCGUCGCCCUGUUCUGUGGGUGUGGCCACGUGGCUCUCACUGGCACCGUCACCGUCCUGGAGAAGUACUUUUCCAAGAUCACAACKGACCACGCCAUGCUCACUGAUGUAAUACAGCUGAUGCAGUAUGUCAUCUAUGGCAUUGCUUCGUUUUUCUUCCUGUAUGGAAUCAUUCUGCUCGCCGAGGGCUUCUACACGACCAGCGCUGUAAAGGAACUGCACAGCGAGUUCAAGACCACCAUCUGUGGACGCUGCAUCAGUGGAAUGUUUGUGUUCCUCACAUACAUCCUGGGUGUGGCCUGGCUCGGUGUGUUUGGCUUUUCGGCUGUGCCCGUCUUCCUGUUCUACAACAUGUGGUCUACCUGCAACGCCAUGAAGUCUCCGAUGGUCAAUCUUACAAGCAUAGAUUCCAUCUGCGUGGAUGUCCGUCAGUACGGCAUUAUCCCAUGGAACGCCACACCAGGAAAGGUCUGUGGAUCUAUGCUUGGUGAAGUCUGCAACUCCAGUGAUUUCUACCUGUCUUAUCACCUGUACAUCGUAGCGUGUGCCGGUGCYGGAGCCACUGUGAUUGCUCUGAUCCACUUCCUCAUGAUUCUCUCAGCAAACUGGGCCUACCUUAAAGAUGCCAGUCAAAUGCAUGCCUACCAAGACAUCAAAAUGAAGGAAGAGCGGGAGCUGCAGGACAUCACCUCACGCUCAAAGGAAUGCCUCAAUUCCUACACAUAAGGAUAUUACACAUAAAAAAUCUGCAGAAACACACACACACACACACACAGUGGGGAAAGGUGACUCAGCUAAAAUAACCUGCCGACUGCGUACACUGUGCAGUACUAACCCGGCUCCUAACAAACUAAUGCACAAGUGCUGCUUUCUGCACUAACUCACCAAGAACUGUUUGACCCUGGCUACAAACAUGCUGACUUUUCCUAUUUUGUUGGGGAAAUACUGUGGAAUUCUGAUUUUCAUGCUGUUGUUUCUUUCCUCCUUUACCUUUUUUUUUUCUAGCCAGACUUCUCUGGUGAAUGUUGAUAUGUUGCACUAUGCUUAUAAAGCUCAUAACAACUGUUUGGUUUACAGCUCUGUCUUUCGUUUUCCCUCCCCAAUUUUUUGAGUCUUGGUUUCAACUAGGGAAACCAUUUUGUCGGUCACAUAAAUGACCUAAACAUUAAAAGGAAGCCCUUGCAUCCAAUCUUUAGUUAGUGCUUCGCACUUUGAUGUUCAUACAGUGCAUCUAAAACCAAGAGUUAUGCUCUGAGUCAACAUCCAUCAGAAUUUAACUGCAAACCCUUCUCAGUAAAGCUGUUAUUUGKGGAUUUAUUGGCUUUUAAAUCCAUUAUUUUGUUGAUCAGUUAGUGAAGUUACUCUGAACAAUCAUGGCCUACAUUACCUCUACCUCAGGUGUGCAUUACAGGUUAAGGCAACACAUAAACCACUUUUUCCUUGUAAAACAAUGCAUUUGGAUAGUAAAACACAAAGUAUUGAGGACAACAUGAAACAAGCCUCAGGAGCUCCUCUCUAUCCCAGCAUUACUGAACAAAAACUGUUACAAAUGACGCCAUAAUAACCUGUUKAAUAUUAUAUUUUUUCUACCAAGAACAACUAGCAGAUUUCAUAAAAAUUUUGGUUUUGUUGUAUUUAGACAAAUAAAUAUAGUUUACCAUUGAAGAGCCUGAAACCUUAGAUUACAGAACAUAGCUGUUGAAAUAUUUGUAAAAUGUUGACUUUAGAGAUUUCUUAAAGAAAGAURAGAACCACAUGUUCAAUGCAUUUGAAACAAUUAGUUUAAAGCAGUGUAAACGUUACCAUUGUAGUGUUUUGUCACUGUAAGGAUGGAAGUCUUGUGAUGAUUUUCUAAACUGCGUUUGUUGAAAAUUAGCUAUUUUCAUAUUGUUGAAAUAAUUACUCCUGUUGUCUUUGUAUUUUUUGUUGUUAGAUGAGUCACAGGARUAACUUGAUGUUUGUUGCAUGAAGACGACUGUUUUCCACAGAGAUGUACAGUUUUGUGAACUGACAUCAGAGAUGGGUGGUCUUUUUUCCUUUUUUCUAACUGAACUAUUAAUUUCUUUUUUGUAGCUGAUUGUUUGUGGCCUAUUUUAGUUAUUUUAAAUAUUUUUUUGUCUGAUAGUAUUUGAGCGUUCUAUAAAUGUCAAGGGCUUCCUUGCAAAAAAUCAGUCACACCAUCAGUUGUUUAAAAACCCGAACAGACAUAAAAAAUGUCUGUUUUAGCCAAAGUAUGAAUACCARUGCUGGCCAAUUUGUUAAAUAGUAUUUCUGUGAAACUGUGGUAAAAAAUUCUCAUUGUUCAAUGUAGGACAGGCAUAAAGUGGCAGACCAGAAAAUGUUUUUUUCUUUUAAAAUGAACCAAAAAGGAAUGAAAAGCUGCCCAAUCACCAGGAAGACCCCAAUCAGCCAACAAGAACCCAGUCUGAAUGGAAACACCUUUUUUAUGACUCRACUCACUCCUGACUGUUUUUUCUUUUCUUUUUUUUUUAAAUAAAAAACCCAAAAGGU